CGGAUGAGAGGUUCAUGUAAAUAGCUGAUGGUUGAGUGAUGUAGCAGUGUGAAAGCAUACAGCUAGGUUUGUUGAGAAAAGUAGUAGAUUUUGGAAACAUCAUAUCCUUCCAACUCAUCAAUAUAUCAGUCAGUUAGACUUGGACAUACCAUCACAUAGACAACGUGAUCAGACCGAAACCAUCGUUCUCAACAAGGUCGACAUGCAUGACUGAGUAUACAAGCAAGAGGUAGAUGUUCAGGGUUUGGGAAUUGCAGUGUCAUUGUGUUGCUCCGUAGAAGCACAGUGUGGUGAUUAUUUAUUGAUAAGCUGACGGACAACUACUCUCCUCUACCCUCCCUCUUGAUGGUAGCCAUGUUAUCUCUGUUUGUACUGGUUCUGUGUGGGUCCGUCUCCAUUGGUCACAGCUUCCUCCUUGGUGGACCAACUACGUCAGUGGAUCCAGGACAACCUCUCUUCCUGUCUCCGUACAUCGCUGGAGGACACAUUCAACAAGCCCAGAAUUUGAGUCGUGUAGGCUCCCUUCAAGGCUCAUCGAUACUGAGUUACAGUGGCUACAUCACCGUCAACGCAGACUUCAACAGCAACCUGUUCUUCUGGUUCAUACCUGCACAGCAUGCUGACCCCCAUACAGCUCCUCUGUUACUGUGGCUUGAGGGCGGCCCGUGGGGCAGCUCCUUGUUUGCCUUGUUUGUACAGAACGGACCAUUUGUUGUGGACAAAGACUUGAAACUGUCACUGCGGAAGACCGACUGGUCACUCAAGUAUUCCAUGUUAUUUAUCGACAACCCUGUCGGUACAGGUUUCAGUUUCACUGACAGUGACAAAGGCUAUGCUACCACGGAGGACGAUGUUGCAAGGGACCUCUACAGUUUCCUCCUGCAGUUCUACACCAUGUUCCCUAAAUUCCAGAAGAACGAUCUGUACAUCACCGGAGAGAGUUAUGCUGGCAAGUACAUCUCUGCCAUCAGCUAUAAGAUCCACACGGAGAACCCGAAAGACAAAAUCAACAUCAACUUGAAGGGACUUUUCAUUGGAGCAGGCUUCAUUGACCCAAUAUCAAUGAUUCCUGCCUAUGCUGACUACCUGUUUAAUGUUGGCCUGUUCGAUGAGAAUGAGAAACAGUAUUUCCAAGGCCUAAUUGGAAAGGUUACAGAGCUUGUGAAAGCGAAAGAUUUCAAGAAUGCAAUGGAUAUCUUCUCAGCUGCCAUGUUGGAGAAAGGGUUCUUCUACAAUGCCACUGGAUACAUAGAUUAUGAAAAUAUUCUGGAAGUCCAGGAACCAGCAGAAAUGACCUACUUUGUGUCAUAUGUUGAUCACCCUGAAGUCCGCCGUGCGAUCCAUGUCGGAAAUUUGUCCUACACCGCCUUCAGCAUCCAAGUAGGUGAGUUCCUGUAUACCGACAUCCUGGACAGCGUGAGGCCGUGGUUUGUCACUCUGCUCAACAGUGGCAAGUACAAGGUGCUGCUGUUCAACGGACAGCUGGACAUCAUCGUGUGUCUUCCUGCCACAGAGGCCAUGCUGGACAGUAUGACCGAGUGGAAAGAUCAGGCAGCCUACAAACAGGCCACCAAACAUAUCUGGAGAGUCUCCCCGACAGACAAAGAUGUAGCAGGCUAUGUCCGUGCAGUUGGCAACUUCACUCAGGUGACUGUGCGAGAGGCGGGGCAUAUCGUCACCUUCGACCAGCCUGACUGGACGUAUGACAUGUUACAGCGAUACAUAGAGGACAGACCAUUCUACUAGAAGAUAAAAAAUAGAUCAUGUACAUCUCCUGGAACACAUGGAACAGAUGAUAGGACGUGUUACAGCGAUACAUAGAGGACAGGCCAUUCUACUAGAAGCUAAAACAUUCAUCAUGUACAUCUCCUGGCACACAUGGAACAGAUCAUAGGACGUGUUACAGCGAUACAUAGAGGACAGGCCA